AUGGACCCUCCAACGUCGACAUCAAAACCACAACCGCCACAACAGCCCGCCUUCCCCUCCAUCAAACCCCUCCCCCGGACCCCGCGCAGCUUCCAAACCCCCACCAAGCGCAUCAACACCGGCGCCGACCUCUCGGCCUUCCUCACCACCACCGCCUACCGCGACAUCCUCCUCUUCCUACUGCAGCUGAACCGCUCCCUCUGCCCGCGACGCAGCCCCGACGGCGGCCCGGCCACCACCUACCCCCUCACCUCGCUACCGCCAGCCGCCGCCCUGCCCCCCUCCAUCAAGGCCCUCCAGAACCUCCUUGCCGCCGCCGAGUCCCUCAUCGACCUCGCGCCCCCGGAUCCAGGCCCCCGCCGCUUCGGCAACGUCUCCUUCCGCAAGUGGCACGACCUCCUCGCCGAACGCGCACCCGCCCUGCUGUCCGAGCACAUCCCCGACGCUGUUCUGUCCUUCCCCACCACCCCGUCCUCAGACCCGCCUUCCGCCGAGCUCCUUUCUUACCUCCUCGGCGCCUUCGGCUCUCCGCAGCGUCUCGACUACGGCACCGGCCAUGAACUCUCCUUCCUCGCCUUCCUCGGCUCCCUAUACAAGCUCUCCUUCUUCGCCGAUGACGUCCUGUCGACCUCGUCUGGCUCGACCGCCGGCGGCGACAGCGGCGCACACGACACCGCCGCCCUCGACCGCACCAUCGUCCUCGCCGUCAUCGAACCCUACCUCCGCGUCGUCCGCCGCCUCAUCCUGACCUACACUCUUGAGCCCGCCGGCUCUCACGGCGUUUGGGGCCUCGACGACCACUCCUUCCUCCCCUACAUCUUCGGCUCCGCCCAGCUGACGAGCCCCGUCGUCUCGGACGCCGACCCCAUGCCCACCGAGGGCUCCGUCCGCGGCGCUCCCAAGACGGGCGACAUUGUCAAGGCCGCCGUCGUCGACGCCCAGCGCUCCGAGAACAUGUACUUCGCCGCCGUCGGCUUCAUCAAUGACGUCAAGAAGGGUCCCUUCUGGGAGCACAGUCCCAUCCUCUUUGACGUCUCGGGCGUCAAGGACGGCUGGGGGAAGAUCAACAAGGGCAUGCUCAAAAUGUUCAACGCCGAAGUCCUCCAAAAGUUCCCCGUCGUCCAGCACUUCACCUUCGGCUCCCUCUUCUCCUGGGACCAGGACCCCGACGCCGCCCCCGUCUCGCAAUCGGUCCACGCCGCGAACCAGCCUUCCUACAACUACCCCGCCACGACCGCGCCUCCGCCCCCUAAUCAGGGAGCGGGUACGACCGCGCCCUGGGCGGCGACGACGACCAGCGGUGCCCCCUCGGGCCGGAUGCCCCCGCCGGGCGGUGCCGGUAUCCCUUACACGCGCCAGCCGCCGCCGCCGUCGGCAGCGGCUUCGGCGCGUGCGCCCCUUGCUCCGGGCAUGAUGCCGAUGCCCGCGGGUACGCAGCAGGCCCGGCAAGGUAACGGGGCCGGGACGACGGACGCGCAGGUUACGCUGACCAAGGCGCCCUGGGCGAAGUGA